AUGUUGCAGGCAGUCAGUGAAGAUGAUGGCAUUGCGAUGGAACAGGAAGACACAAGCAGAGAAGUCCUCAAGGAGACGCCAAAUCUCGAAGCAAAGGUGAUGACAGUGGAGGACCUUGCCAGAGAAAUGAAUGAAAUCAUAGACGAAGUUUCUGCAAUUCUCCGGAUUGGCCGUGGACACUGCCGUAUACUACUGCACAAAUUCAAUUGGAACAAGGAAAGUUUGUUAGAAAGGUAUUAUGAAAAUCCUGAUACUGACGCUUUCUUACGCAAAGCUCAAGUACUGCCCCGCAAACCUGCACCGCCACCUCUGUCCUCCGUUGGAGAAUGCGACAUAUGCUGCACCAUCGCCCCUCUAGGAGGUUUGGAUUGCCAUCACUGGGCAUGCUCGAACUGUUGGCAGAGGUAUCUUGAUACUAAGAUUAUGAAUGAUGCGACGAGUGAGAUACAAUGUAUUUUUAAUGGAUGUCAGCUGCUAAUUCAGGACGAGAAGGUGAUGCAAUAUAUCCAGAGCGAGGCUGUGCGUAAUGCUUAUCAACGUCUUAAAAUCAAUAGUUUUGUGGAAGGAAAUCGUCUGUUGAAGUGGUGCCCCGGUCUCGAUUGUGGAAAGGCGCUCAAGGUAGGAUACUCGGAGCCUCGCCCCGUUGUGUGUUCUUGUUCGAUGCGGUUCUGUUUCGGAUGUGCUCAUGAAUGGCACGAGCCUGUUAACUGUCGUCUCUUAAAGCUAUGGCUGAAGAAAUGCAGCGAUGAUUCUGAAACAAGCAACUGGAUAAAUGCAAACACGAAGGAGUGCCCGAAAUGCCAGGUACUUGCUCUCGAAUUUGAUGAAGACGUUCUCGAUUACGUAAUAGUUCAGGUUACAAUUGAAAAAGAUGGAGGAUGCAAUCACAUGGUCUGCAAAAAUACUGCUUGUCGUAUGGAGUUUUGCUGGAUUUGCUUGGGUCCAUGGGAGCCUCACGGUAGCAGUUGGUACAAUUGCAAUAGGUAUGACGAUUCACGUGCCAAGCAAGCUCGUGACGCUCAAGAACUCUCUCGCGCUAACCUUCAACGUUAUCUGCAUUACUACAAUCGGUUCAUGAAUCAUCAGCAAAGUUUAAAAUUGGAAAACAAGCUGUACGCUACUGUGAAAGGAAAAAUGGAGCAGAUGCAGCUACAGUCCAUGUCAUGGAUUGAAGUCCAGUUUUUGAGAAAAGCCGUAGACGUACUUUCUGAAUGCCGCCGAACGUUGAUGUACACAUAUGCAUUUGCCUACUAUCUUAAGAGAGAUAACCACGCUGAAAUAUUUGAAGGAAACCAGAGGGAUCUCGAAAUGGCUACAGAGCAACUCUCACAGUUUCUUGAGCGAGAUCUGGAGAACGAAAAUCUUGUCACCCUCAAGCAGAAGGUACAAGAUAAUUAUCGCUAUGUGGAUCAGCGCCGUCUUGUGUUGUUGAAGCAUUGUCAAGAGGGUACAGAAAGGGACAUCUGGCAGUAUACUCAGUGA